AAUCUGUUGGUGAGAUGAACAAGAAGCUGGACAUUCUUAUUGAGGUGUUUUUUUUUUUAAUUGUCAUUACUUUUUCUGUUAUUUUUUUAGUAGUGUUUUUAUGUUGUUUUAUACAGUUACUUAAUUUUUUAUUUUUUUUUUCUCAGUCAUCCCAAGGUGGUCUCACUCACAAUGGAUCUCAGUCUGAAGAUGCUCUUCGUACUUCAGAAAAUGAGGAUGAUGAAGAUUCCACUUCGGAGGAAGACGAGGAUGAUAAAUUCGACGAUGACAAAGGAGAUGAUCAUCAUGACGAUGAAACUGAUGAUGAUGAUGAUGAUCUGGGAGGAGCUGGUGUUGGUGCUGGUCAGGAUGAGGCUCACACGGGCGAUGUUCGUAACGAUGAGGGUGUUGUUGUCCCCGCGGUUGUUUCGAGGGAUGAUGAUACCGGCAAGGUCGAUGAUGCCAAGAAUUCUGACCCUGUGGAACCUAUUGCAGAGAUCAAACAGGUGUAUUUCUUGUUUGGACAUCAUUUUUGUUUGUGCUUUUUUUUGUGUAUUUCUGUGUUUUGUGUUUGUUUUAAUAGUUUUUUACUGUUUUUUUUUGUUAUCAGCCUGAACAGUCUCAAGGUGGGGAGGAGAACAUUGAUGUUGAUGCAACAAUUGCAUCUGCUGUUAAAGCUGUGGAGAAUUUGGUUUGUGUUUAUGUUUUUUUUUUUUUUUAUAUUUGUAUUUAUUUGGUAUUCUAUUGUUGUUUUUAUGGUGUUUUUAUUGUACUGUUUGAAAUUUAAAAAUAAGUCUUUUUAUUUAUCCUUUCUCUUUUUUAGAUUGGUUCCUCAACUCAUGCCCCUGCUCCUGUUGAGACUUCUGAGAAGACUGAUCUUGAAAUGGUUGUUUUUCAAGAGACUCUUAUUUUACGUCCUCAAAAGAGGGAUCGAAAGAAAGGAGCUGUUUUGAAAUCUCCAUUCAUUGAGCUUGCUUCUGGUGCAUCUAAAUCAGGUUCAUCCUCGGUUUCUCCUUAUGAUUCUGUGUAUAAGGUCGUUAAAUAUGUGCGUGGUUUGUGCCCGUUGGACAACAAGAUUGGUGAACCUGUUGAUCCGCAAUUGGAAGCUGAGUUUGUCAAGUGGGUUGAUUCAGGUCUUAGAAAGCAUAAAUCUAACACAACAACUAAUGUGUAUUGUAAGGGUAAGGACACUAUAUUUCCGCCAUUUCGUUUUGGUGUUGAGGACAUCAGCAACAAGAUGUGGUUUCACAACCUUGCCUACCCUAAUUGUUUCCUUACCAAUUCUCACAUUGACAUCAUUUUCUAUUAUCUUCGUAAGAAAAUAAUGUACUCAGCCGAGCCGAAAAUCAAAGUCACCACAACUGAUUGCCUCUUUUGUUCUAGCAUAACAACUUUGUAUGAGAGGUUUGUUGAGAAAAACAACGAUAUAUCGGUGUUGUCUCUUUCUCACAAUGUGGCCCAGUACAUUCAAGGUGGUAAGAUAUUAUGUGCCACUCCUUGGCAUUUGGUUGAUCAUGUUGUUAUGCCUAUCAAUGUAAAAUUACAGGAUCAUUGGAUUUGUGGUCGUCUUAACAUAGUUGACAGGCGCAUAUAUCUGUACAAUUCACUGCGUUCUGGGAGGUAUAUGAUCGUCGCCAAAGAGGCUUGCAAGCCUUUCUCUGUUAUUUUACCAUAUUACUUCUCUAUGUUAGACUUCAUAGGCCUUCGCAACGAAACUAAGUUUAGCACUAUGGAACCGUUCCCUAUUGUUGCUGUUGAUGAUUUACCCGAGCAUGUCACAGCGUAA